AUGAAUCCUCAACCAUUUCACUCAAGCGAAACUACGCCUCGUCACAGUAUGGAGCAAUAUACAGAGCCAGCCACUGAGCGAGAAACCGACGUCGAGAAGCCCGAGCCCGCAGCAGAAAUCAAAGAUCCCAAUCUGGUCGACUGGAACGGCCCCGACGAUCCUGAGAAUCCGCAGAACUUCUCGACUCUGCGCAAAUGGGUGAUUACUGUGACCAUGUCCUCGAUGACCAUGUGGAUUACAUUCGCCUCCAGUGUCUUUUCCACAGCUACCCAGGUCACGGCAAAGGAAUUCAACGUCUCAACGGAGGUGAUGGUUCUGGGCACCAGUUUGGUCGUGUUUGGAUUCGCUCUAGGUCCCCUAUGCUGGGCACCACUCAGUGAAUUAUAUGGACGUCGGAUACCACUUUUCUCGGGCUAUGCCAUUUUCGCCAUCUUUCAAAUCCCCGUGGCCGUUGCUCAGAACCUAGAAACCAUCCUGGUCUGUCGGUUCCUCAUGGGAGUGUUCGGAUGUUCUCCUCUGGCUGUUGUUGGUGGUGCUAUGGCCGAUAUCUGGAAUCCAGUAGAUCGUGCUGUGGCAAUCGCGAUGUUCAGCUCGGCUACUUUCCUAGGCCCCGUGUUGGGUCCGAUCAUCGGCGGCUUCAUCACAGAUUCACACCUUGGCUGGCGGUGGACAGCAUGGAUUACCCUCAUCGCCUCCUCUUUCUUCGGGCUGGUGGCAUUGUUCGUCGUACCAGAGACAUACGGACCGGUUCUUCUCCAAAAGCGCGCAGCACGUUUGCGAAUCGAGACCAAGAAUUGGGCCUACCACUCUUUCCUCGACGAACACAAGCCUACCAUGUCGGACAUUGUGACAAAGUAUCUCUUCCGUCCGUUCCAAAUGCUCGUCCAAGAACCGAUCCUCGUCGCUAUGACUAUCUACCUCGCUCUGAUCUACGGUAUCCUCUACCUCUUCUUCGAGGCCUACCCAAUCUCCUUCAAUGAGGUCCGCGGCUGGAAAAGCUUAGGCGUCGCAGCCCUCCCAUUCCUCGGUAUCUUGAUCGGUGUCAUUCUCGGCGUCUGCCUAAUCGUUUAUACAACCAAAACCCGGUUUGCGCGAAAGCUCAAGAAGCAUGGAAGAGUCGUGCCGGAAGAACGCCUGAUACCCAUGAUGGUUGCUUCCGUUCUUCUGCCCGUCGGUCUCUUCUGGUUCGGCUGGACUUCCAGCCCUAGUAUCUCAUGGGCGCCGCAAGUCAUUGCCGGUAUUCCCAUCGGUCUAGGAAUCCUCGUGAUCUUCAUGCAGGGUCUAAACUAUAUCAUCGAUGUCUACAUGAUGUUUGCCAAUUCUGCUAUCGCGGCUAAUACCCUUGUCCGAUCUGCCCUCGGUGGCUCGUUCCCUCUCUUUGCCACGCAGAUGUACCAGAACCUGGGCGUGGGCUGGGCUUCGAGUGUUUUGGGCUUCAUUACUGUUGCUAUGAUACCCAUACCCAUCCUGUUCUUCAUUUAUGGCUCGAAGAUUCGUGCCAUGAGCAAAUUCAGCCCCAAGUUCUAG